UUCAUUGACAACCCAAGCUCAAUGUGCAGACAACCACAGGUUUUUCCCAUGAGGCAGGCAAAACAAACAGUGCUGCACACCGAGGAAGCACAUACGCACACCUGAAACAGGCAGAAGAACAGCCAGCAGAAGAUGGAGGCAGUGAAGAAGUGGAGGUCAGGCUGGAGGUAUCCCACAACUCUGCUGUGCAUCUAUGGAUUCUUCAGCACAGUUAAACCACUGGAGCCUUUUCUCAUCCCAUUCAUGACAGGACCGGACAAGAAUCUGACAACUGAAGAGGUUAACAAUCAAAUCUUCCCAGUGUGGACGUACUCCUAUCUGUCCAUACUGGUACCGGUGUUCCUGCUGACCGACUGGCUGCGUUACAAGCCUGUCGUGGUGUUUCAGUCAGUUGUGCUCUUUAUCACUACAUCGCUGCUGCUGUGGACAGAGAGUGUGGCAGCCAUGCAGAUCACGCAGUUCUUCUAUGCGAUGGUGACGGCCAGCGAUGUGGCCUAUUUCUCCUACAUUUACAGUGUGAUAGAUCUGAAGAGGUACAGGAAGGCCACAUCUUACAGCCGCAGUGUCCAGCUCCUGGGCUACACAGUGGGCUCUGUGCUGGGCCAGCUGCUUGUCAGCUUCAACCUCAUGUCCUACAGCAACAUCCUGGUGUUUACUUUGGUUCUCACUGCCAUCGCUGUCCUCACUUCACUCCUCCUGCCAAUGCCGCAGCACAGCAUGUUCUUUCAUCGAAGACAGAAAACAGCAAUGGAGGGAACUGAGACAGAUGGAGAUGGUGUUGUAGAUGCAACAGAACACUCAAGCAGAUCAAAGAUGUCUCUGGAAGAAGUGGGCAAUGAAAAAGAGGACAAAGGAGCCACAGAGGAUGAUACAAAAAAAGGAUGGGAGGGAAACAGGCCCAUGGCUGAGGAACUUGAGGAGACUGUUGGUGCACAGAGCUGCACCCAAGUCCUCCUGCAGCUGUGGAGAGACUUCCGCCAGUGCUACUCCUCCAGACAGCUGCUCUACUGGUCAGUGUGGUGGGCAAUGGCCACCUGUGGCUAUAACCAGACUGUCAACUACGUGCAGGUACUGUGGGAGCAUGUGCAGCCUUCUCAGAACUUCACCAUUUAUAAUGGAGGCGUGGAGGCGGUGUCUAACCUGUUGAGUGCAGCUACAGCGUAUGGUAUAGGCUUCACUGAGGUGGGAUGGGAGCAGUGGGGAGAGCUGGCCCUGGGUGGUUUCUCAGGACUUGGGGCUGCUGCACUGUUCCUCAUGACAUUCAUCGGCAACAUCUGGGUCUGCUACUGUGGUUACGUAAUUUUCAAGAGUCUCUACAUGCUGCUGAUAACAAUAGCCAUGUUUCAGAUUGCAACUGGCCUGUCAAUGGAAAGAUACGCACUGGUCUUUGGGGUAAACACCUUUGGAGCACUGGCUUUACAGACAACUCUCACUUCUAUUGUGGUGGACAGCAGAGGGCUGGCCUUGAGCAUCAUUCCUCAGUUCACCAUAUAUGCCAGCUACUUCUCAGUCAUCGCUGUUGUUUUUACUCUUCGGGGACUGUAUCGCAUUUGGAGCACUAAAAGGAACAAAAAAGAGACACCUUCUUCAGAUCAAAAUGAAUCUCCAAGCUCUAGAGAACACAGUUUCUGAAACUAAAGACAAACCGAGAUAAGCAGUUGUGCUUUUGGUCCACUCAGUAGCCCCAUGCCAGUUUAAAAGCAAAAUGACAAAAGCUUUAAAUUACUGCAAAAUUGUGAAUAGAAAUCUUUUUUUUUUCUCCAUACAAAACAAUAUACAAGGUUUUCCAUACAUCCAUAUAAAUGAA